AUGGCGCAAUCAGCUUCCGAAAUAUCAGAGCCCAAAACUGCGCCGAAUGAGACAAACGAUGCGGAGUCGGACGACGAGUUCCACGAUGCCCAUUUCCCCGCAGACGAAGAAGCUAAAUUAUUAAAAGAAUCGAACAAUUGCAAAGCCGAAGCAAACAAACAGUUCGCCGCCGCCGCCUACUCAGAUGCCAUUUCCACGUACGAUCGCGCACUGGCCUCCUGUCCCAAUUACUUAGAUUACGAGAUUGCGGUGUUGAAGAGCAACAUUUCGGCAUGUUACUUGAAGCUGGAGGACUGGAAAGCGGCCGUUGACGCGGCGACAGCGAGCAUCGAUAAUCUUGAUGGAUGUCUCCCAAAAUCCAAACAGGCCGACAAAGACGAUAGUACCAAACUUUUGGAGGAAGAAGCAGACGCUAUCGUGGAGCUUCCGGACGACGAUGAAGACGAGGCAAGGCAGUUAGAACGUCUACAGCAAGAUGACAAACGUCGAGAUGAUGUCAAGAGAAUUCGAGCCAAGGCAUUGAUGAGGCGGGCUCGUGCAAGAACAGAGUUGGAUGGUUGGGCUAAUUUGCAAGGUGCGGAGGAGGAUUACAAGGAACUGGCGAGCAUGGACAAUCUGCCGCCGCAAGAUCAAAAAGUUGUGCAACGAGGGUUACGAGAGUUACCACCUAGGAUUCAGGCUGCGAGGGAAAAUGAAAUGGGAGAGAUGAUGGGGAAGUUGAAAGAUCUUGGGAACGGCCUUCUGAAACCCUUUGGGCUGUCGACGGACAAUUUCAAAUUCAUCAAAGAUGAGAAUACGGGAGGAUAUAGCAUGCAAUUUCAGCAAGGAGGUCAAUGA